AUGGAUUGGGUGAUAUCUGAUGAGUUGUCUCUAACUGUAGGCACAGUUGUGGGAUGGGUGAGUGCUGGAGCUAUGAUAGUAGGGGGUAUUAUCCCUUAUAUUCCACAAUACAGACAGAUUCGAAAAACGAAAGAUGCUGAAGGUUUUUCCUUAUUAGUUUGCUUAGCCCUUCUAGUCGCUAAUACUUUGAGGAUCAUGUUUUGGUUUGGCAGACAUUUCGAGUAUCCUCUCUUAAUCCAAAGUUUAAUAAUGAAUGUAAUGAUGUUUUUGAUGAUCCACUUGUGUGUAUCAGUAAGAAAUAGGAGCCAACUAGUGCAGGCCAGGCAAAGAAUUUUUCUUGAUUUCGACGCUAAACACUUCUGGAACUGGACGGAUUUUCAGUCGUACUUCGACUGUAUUCUCGUGUUCACAAUAGCCACCUCCUUGUUGAUGUACAUAUUCAUAGAUUACAUAGUUUUCGUCGAAACCGUCGGAUUUUUGGCUCUCUUCACCGAAGCUAUGCUCGGGACGCCGCAACUUGUGAAGAAUUAUCGGAACAAGUCGACGGAAGGCAUGAGCAUAAGCAUGGUCAUCAUGUGGACAGGUGGUGACAUAUUUAAGACCACGUACUUUCUGUUGCGCGAAGCCCCGGUGCAAUUUUGGGUGUGCGGUUCGGUGCAAGUUACGGUGGAUCUUCUGAUCCUCUCGCAAGUGUUCAUUUAUCGAGGUAACGCCGAACCUAAACGGACAGGCCCGCAUCGGGGCGAUUGAGUAGUUAUCAUUUGGACGCACGACGAGAUAAACCACAAAGAGAAAAGGCUCGCUGCUGUUCCGAACGAAAAGAUACUGGACAUCGUACAUUUGGUCAAUAGCAUCACGGAAGUGGUGGUAGAUGACGGCGGGACUGUCAUGGGCGCUGAAUUGGUCAACCCCGAAAUUGACAUAAUCGAAAACAAUUGUCGUGUUAUUAGUGCCGAUAUCCAUAAGGAAGACGAUGAUGAAACAUGUGGAGUGUCUGACGGUACCGUUGUAGAUAAUGUAAAUAGCAAAGAGAAAUUGGCGGUGAAUGGUACGGUGAAAAAACGAGCUUCGCAGCAUGUAAUUUAUAAGAAGCGCGCGAAGAAUAAAGUCAGCAUGCUUAUACAUAGGCAU